AUGGCUCGAAUGGUAGCAUCCUCAAGGGCCGGUGGCUCUAAAAAGCAGAUUCUGGUUACACAGGAUGACUUUUAUGACGAUGCAGUUGCCAAGGAAGAACAAGCCGAAAGAUGGGCCUUAUCCGAUAUUAAGAAAACAAUCCGUCAUUAUCUAUUAGCAUUUGAGUCGUAUGAGAAGGGUCUGAGAGCUCCUGAAGCUACCUUGAGUGGUAGCUGUCACAUCUACUAUAAUCAAACAAGACUGUUACUGAAGAUGCACACGGACUUUGUUGCUAAUGACGGACACAUCAAUAUACUCCAGUAUGUCAAUUUGGCAGAUCUAGGCGACUUGACUGUAUUGUUCAGACCUUUGAAGUCAAUUGUCGAGCGAUUUGAGCUCACUAUCGCAGAGUUCAAAGAUGAGUGUUCUUGGGAUCUUCAUUUCAACCUUCUGACUUGCUAUUACAGCCUGCUUGAAGACUACGAGUCCCUUACCGGUGAAGAAGUUCUGCAAGUUUUUGAGAAGUUUAAAAUUCUGGGCAACAAACUCAUUCAGUUGCACGUACAAGAGCUCGAAUCAUGGGAUGUGACCAGUGGUGAUGACGCCACUGCUGAUCAGCAAUAUGGAAACCCUGCCGUCCCAGAGACUUCUAGCCAGAAUGCUGAUGCAGGAGUCCAGGAACCCGAGUCUGUGGAGAUGCAAGACGAGAUUACGGCUUGGACCUUGGUCGACACACUUUCCAUGUGUUACCGUUGUAUUUCAACGAUCAUGGAAAUACUAAUAGAGACCAAUAACGGAACACUCAAUACUAUGAAUCCCAUUCAAGUCGGCUACUUAAACGAUAGUGCCCAAGCAUUGAAGUCGCAGCUGAACCUGUUUCUGAACAGCACCACGUAUGUUGAAACGAAUUCUGCUGAUACGGAGGAGUUGAAUCUCGCGAUCUGGUCCAUCGAAGGUCUAAAAGUCGCUGUCACAGAUGGAUAUGAAGGUGUCAAGUCUUUUAUGAGCAACCUCCAGAGCGCUGAACUCGAAAAACUGCUCAUCGCAGUGGAUAUUUUGCAUCUCACCGCCCAAUCAUUCCAACAAAAUAGCUACACACAACUUUGGGCUGUUUACACUGAAAUUGCGCGCAUUUUGAGCGCCGCUGAAUCUCAAGUUGCCCAAAAGAGACAAGACAUUAUAAGUGGCCGUCUCAAAGACAAAGACAAUGAGCUAAGUCCCACCGUUUUCCAGCUUUGCGACGUGAUGAUAAGCCGCUCUGAUAAUGAACUUUUCCGCCACAUGCUCAAGACUUCGCAGCUAAACAGUAAUGAUCCCUCCACGACAGACGCGAGUAAUGCGAAAACCGCCGCUGUGCUGCUGAAAAAUGCCCAAGUACUGCUGAAAAACGCCAAAGCGAUAGCCGAAAAGCCAUGUGGAUUUAGGGAAUAUAUAUCAGACAAACUCAAGCGCAACUACGUUUUCAAGCAAGCAGAAGAUCGCUUGGAAUUUAUGAAUUCCGGAAAAGCUACUCCAACAAUCCUGGAACUGGCGCAAAGUAAUCCGUUCUACACGUCAAUUUCAAGCGCCAGAAAUACGUAA